AUGGCUGACUCAAAAGAAAAAAUGAUUCUAAUUGAAACGCCUAUUGGUAAAUUCAAUGUAUGGACAAAACGUAUCGGUAGUAAUCCGCAAAUCAAACUCUUGCUGUUACAUGGUGGCCCAGGUGGAACGCAUGAAUUUUUUGAAUGUUUCGAAAGUUUUCUUUCUAAUGAAGGAAUUGAAUUUUAUUACUAUGAUCAACUUGGGUCGUUUUUCAGUGACGCCCCCAGUGACACCAGUUUAUGGACAGUUGAGCGUUUUGUAGAUGAAGUGGAACAAGUCAGAAAAGGGCUGGAACUAAAUAAAGAUAAUUUUUAUUUAUUGGGACAUAGUUGGGGCGGUAUAUUGGCAUUAGAAUAUGCAUUUUCCUACCAGAGCAACUUAAAAGGUUUGAUUAUAAGUAACAUGAUGAGUAGUGCCUCAGAUUAUGUGAAGUAUGCUGAAAAUGUGUUAGCCAAAGGAUUAGAUCCGAAAGUUCUGAAAGCUAUCAAGGACUUAGAAGAAAAUAAUGAUUGCCAAAAUCCAAAAUAUAUGGAACUGCUAACGCCGAACUUUUACUACAAACAUGUAUGUCGGUUACAACCUUGGCCAGAAGUCAUUAAUCGUGCUUUUUCACAUUUGAACAAUGAUAUUUAUACUCUGAUGCAAGGCCCAUCAGAGUUUGGACUGUCCGGAUUAUUGAAAGACUGGGAUCGAAAAGGUGAUUUAUCGAAAAUACAAGUACCAACAUUGAUGAUUGGCGCCACAUUCGACACAAUGGAUCCAGAACAUAUGCAAUGGAUGGCUACACAAGUGAAGCAAGGUUCAGUUUUAAUAUGUCCCAAAGGUAGUCAUUGUUCAAUGUGGGAUGAUCAAGAAUACUAUUUCGCUGGACUUAUAAAAUUUAUCAAAAAUGUGAAUAACAAUGAAAAAUGUGACUCUCCGGUUUCAGUUUAA